UUCUCAAAAACAGUCCUUCCACAACAGAUUCCAUCUAACAGAACUUCUAUUAAAAGCUCCGGCCACACCAAAUAAGCUCUUAGCCAGUUUGUACUUUGUACCAAUCCGACCCUAUUAUGCGCGUCGUUUUGCUUUGUUCCCAAAACUCCACCAAAUCAAAAAAAGAAAACACGUUAUCUUCGACUGCCACGUCGGCUUCCUUCCAUCUCGUCAGCCUGUCUCCUCCGCCACCACGGCGUACGUACAUCUAUCAUUUCCUUACAAAAAGUGGAUAACGGAGCUGAUGGGUACCCAUAUUUUAUCAAGACGGCGUCGUUUAUAUUAAAUUAUUAAUUCUGACUGAAUUUCCGUUUUCCCAAAAUAAAAAAUAGAAAAGGGAAAAUAAAAUGGAGACGGGGGAAGUGAGAACCGGCGCGACGGCACGGCGGCGGUCCCUUUCCCUGUUGGGUUUAAGCAAGGGUUUUAGGUCUUACCAGAAGCAAGCAAGAAAAGCCGCUAACACUUGUUACAGUGAACUCAUAUUCCAUGAGUUUCAAGCCGUUAGGCUACUCUGCUGUAGAAAAUUUGUUGGACUUAUUAACCCAAGCAGGUUCUACUCUGUUUCCGCUGUUGCCCAAUUGAAUCCCAUUUCAUCUGUCUCUGCUUCUGAACAAGGAAUUGUGAGUUCCCAUAAUGCGGAUUACCUUUGUCACCAGUCCCUUGAAUUGGAUAGAAUUAAGGUUGUGGAAACUUUGAACAAUUUGAGAAAACAACCUCACACAGCUUUGUUGUUCUUUUGUCAAUUAAAACAAAAUGGGUAUUGCCAUGAUGUUUAUACCUAUGCGGCUAUUAUAAAAAUAUUGUGUUGCUGGGGUUGGGAGAGGAAGUUGGAUUCAAUGCUUUUGGAGAUUAUUAGGAAAGACAGCUGCUUGGGUUUUGAUAUUAUGGAUUUGUUUGACGUUCUUGUUGAGGGGCAUCAAGGACGGGGCUCAAAUCUUUUGGUUCAGUUUUCUAAUGCCUUGGUUAAGGUCUAUGUUUGUGCUGGAAUGUUUGAUGAGGUUAUUGCUAUUUUGUUCCAGACUAAACCACAUGGAUUUGUUCCAAAUAUAUUGUCAUGCAAUUUUCUUAUGAAUCGACUCGUUCAGUGUGGGAAAGUGGAAAUGGCUGUGGCUAUAUAUCAACAACUGAAAGGGCAUGGUUUCAAGGCAAAUGAUUAUACCUAUGGUAUUCUAAUAAAGGCACACUGCAAGAAGGGUAAGUUUGAGGAAGCUUUCAAUGUUUUCCAAGAGAUGGAUAAUGAAAGGGUUACACCUAAUACCUUCACUUACAGUGCUUAUAUUGAAGGACUUUGCAUUGAUGGCAAAACAGAUUUGGGUUAUAGAGUACUCAGAGCUUGGAGAGAAUCAAAUAUUCCACUGGAUAACUUUGCUUUUGCAAUUGUGAUUCAGGGGUUUUGUAAUGAAGGUAAAUUGAAAGAAGCUGAAGAUGUCUUACUUGACAUGGAAAAUCAAGGAGUUCUCCCAGAUGUGUAUGCCUAUGGUGCCUUGAUAAGAAGUCAUUGCAAGAAUGGAAAUGUAGUUAAAGCUCUGGCUCUCCAUGAUGAAAUGGUAUCAAAGGGUGUCAAAACAAAUUGUAUCAUUUUGAGCUCAAUUGUUCAAAGUUUGUGCCAACUGGACCUGGUUUUUGAAGCUGUGAAUGUGUUUAAGGAGUUUAGGGACAGUGGCAUUUACCUUGAUGAGGUUUGUUAUAAUGUAGUGGCAGAUGCUUUGUGCAAGCUUGGAAAAGUGGAAGAAGCUUUGAAAUUGCUUAAUGAGAUGAAGAGCAAAAAUAUGUCUCCUGAUGUUAUUAACUAUACUACUUUGAUCCAUGGGUGCUGUCUUCAAGGAAAAAUUGAGGAUGCCUUGAACUUGUUUGAGGAAAUGAAGGAGAAGGGCCAUAAACCUGAUAUUAUUACAUAUAGCGUACUUGCUGGUGGCUUAGCUAGAAAGGGCCUUGCAAAAGAAGCAGUUGGUCUUUUAAAUUAUAUUGAGGUAGAGGGUUUGAAACCUAAUAAUGUGAUGCAUAACAUGAUCAUAGAAGGCUUGUGCAUAGCAGGCAAGGUGAAGGAGGCUGAAGAGUUUUUAAAUAAUAUGAAAGAGAAGUGUUUAGAUAAUUUGGAAGAGAAGUUCUUGGAAAACUAUAUUGCUCUGGUUAAUGGUUAUUGUGAAGCAUGCCUCAUAAAGAAGGCUUAUGACUUAUUGUAUAGACUGGCUAAAAAGGGAUUUCCACUCAGAAAGGGCACUUGCACAAAACUGCUUGGCAAACUUUGUAAGCAAGGAGAUAUGAGAAGGGCACAGUCAUUAUUUGAGAUUAUGCUUAAGAGGAGGUUAACUCCUGAUCUGAUUACCUACACUAUGAUGAUGAACGGCUACUGUAAGACAAAUUGUUUGUCAAAAGCAUGGGAUCUUUUCAAUGAUAUGAAGAAUAGAGGGAUUAAGCCCGAUAUUAUUACAUACACAGUUCUAGUUGAUGGCCAUACAAAAACGAAUCUGAAGUCUCGUUCUAGGCCACAUCUGAUCCAAACCAAAGAUAAGAUGAUGGGUGCUUCUGCCCUUUGGAGUGAAAUGGAGGACAAUGGUAUACAACCUGAUGUUGUUUGCUACACUGUUUUGCUAGACCACCACUGUAAGACAAAUAGCAUUGAUGAUGCCAUCAGAAUAUUUGAUGAAAUGAUUGAAAGAGGUUUGGAACCAGAUAAUCUGACAUAUACAGCUCUCCUAUGUGGCUACUGUAGAAGAGGAAAUGUAGAAAAGGCAGUUACCCUGGUUAAUGAAAUGUCAAGUCAGGGAAUUCAGUGUAGUUCACUUACCAUGUCAACACUGCAUCAUUGUAUCUUGAAGGCCAAGAGAGCACAGUGUCGAUGAUAGCAACUCUAGUGACUCAAGCAAGCAGAUAUACCUGUAUCAAUGUUCCAUCCACUGUUUCAAGGAACAGCAAAACCUUUUUAUAACCAGAGUAAAAGGGGUACUCCCACCCAUAAACAUAUCAAAGAUCACAAAAACGUGAAUCACUAAUACAUUGCAAGCAUGAAGAAGGCAAGCUUUGUCACUGAGCAAGUGGAAGUCAUCUUUUUCCAGGUGUAGAUGCUGUACAAAUUGUGAUCAAUGGUUAAGCUAUGUCAUAAACUCUAAUUUUCCUA